UUGCAGUGGUGUGCUUUCGGUUCCUUCUACACCGCUCGAUAUUCAUUCUUCGCGGGUUCGCGCCCGUGGUAACAGUCGGCCGCCGAUCCGUUUCCACUCCACGUUGCAGCCGCAGAAGGGCAGCUUCCGCGACGAGGUUCCCGUCCGCAAGCACUACCGACACCCACCCGUCCACGGUCAUCCAACGCACGCCAUGAAGCUCGCACUCUUCGCAUUGGUGGUGGCCGGCAGCCUCAUAGCUCUGGCUAACUCAGCAGAAGAGGAGUACGAUUACGAGGAGGAGCAAGCGGCGCCUGUGACCCCAGCACCAGCUAGAGCGACUUCCGGUAGACUGGGAGGACUAUUGUCUCCGCGAGGACGAGUGAACGUUGGGAGAAAAACAACUGGUGCGGGGGCGGCCACGACGCAAUCGACCACGGCGAAGCCUGUCGAGCAACCGCUGGAGGAGGAAGAAGAAGGCGAAGAGGAGCUCGACGAAAAUCAGGAGCAAGACGACGUCCCCACCACUACCACGGAAUCGACCAAGAAAGUUCGCGGCGGGGUACGACCUUUCAGAUCGAAUCAGGAUCUGUUGGCCGCGUUGAAGAGGAGGAGAGCUCAGGUCGGACCUAGCCAUCGAGAAUCGUCGGGCACACAAUCCGCCUCGGAAUCGACGACGCCUAAACCCAAACCAACCACCAACGGUCGCAGCAAAAGCAACAGCGCGACUGACUCAAAGUCCUCGGGACGCGGCAGGUUCGGAGGAUCCAGGGGUAGCAAGCCCGUGCAGGAGGAGGUCGAGGAGACCCAACGGGAAGAGGUCCAAGUGAAGCCCAAGCCCUAUCGCAGAGGAUAGAUCGUUCACUGGGAAACGCGAAUUUCCCAGUUUCUUUUAACCACGCGGAAUAAAUAAAUCGAACGCAGUCCGAGCGAUCGAUGUCCAACUCGCCGAUAUAUUUCGUCGAAUCGACACGUAUUUCUUUCCUCCCACGCACGAAUAACGCGAUAAUUGCUACAAACGUCCUCCCCACCCCAACGGUCCUAGACACUAUUCGCGUUGGAAAAUUGGAACACGACGCAGAAGUCGCACGAAAAAGCAAUCGGGAUUGCGUUGCUCGCAAAUAAACGGUUAACGAUCGGUAAAAAUCAUCGUUUGCUUUACGAAUCGAAAAAGCACUCUCUAAAAAAAUACGACAUGUAUAUAGAAGAAGGCUCUGCCACUCACAGAAUACUCUCGAGGUACUUGCUGUACAAAUGUAA